AUGGACGAUUUAUUUUAUAGACUCUUCAUCCUUGCGAUCACUCCCUACCAUUACUGCCUGAUGGCCGGCAUUGACAUCAUUGGCCUCACUUAUAUGCGCCAUACGUCCAAGACAGACUUGCCUAACUCGCUUUUCUAUUCCGCUCCCUCCCUUCUUUUCCUCAAGUGCGCAUCUGUUGUAGUUUGUCUCGACAUCUGCCCAGCAGCAAAAGCCUUCGGAGUCGUCGGCGCAGAUACUUGUGAAGUCGAGGACAAGGUUGGAGCUAUCAGAGACUGGACAAGAGACGAGCAAGCUUGA